ACUAGAAGAAGAGUGACGCUGUGUUGUUCCUGCGGGUUCACGUGUGCUCUUUUAAACUGAAACAGCAACGUUUAUAGACGGACAAUAGCGAGCAGAGCAAGGAAAUUUAUCAGUAUACGCGCAUUGAUCAGAUAUAAAGCUGAAGACAAACAUGAAUGUAUUUACUGUUGAUGUUAUAGAGAAGAAGACAAAAGGAAUUAAAUAACGAUGGAAGUAAAAGAGAAACCUCAGGAGGUGGAGGAGAGGCAACAGGAACUUCAUGAUGUCAUCACUGAAGAAAAAUCUGACUCCAAUCAACAUGGAAAUAGUUCACAAAAAGGACAACAUAGUGAUGACGCAAGCAUUAACAACAAAGAGACACGUCACACGUGCAAGGAGUGUGGGAAAAGUUAUAAAUAUGCUAAAGGCUUUAAGAAACAUUUGGAAACUCACGCUGGAGAGACGCGGUUCAAAUGCCAUCAUUGUGAAAAGAGUUUUACACGUGCAAAUACGUUUAGAAUACAUUUGAGAUCUCACCCUGAAGAGACAGCGUACAAAUGCCAUCAUUGCGAAAAGAGUUUUACACAUGCAAACGACUUUUCUUUACAUUUGAGAACUCACCCUAUAGAGAUGCCGUACAAAUGCCCUCAUUGUAAUAAGGGGUUUACAUACACGUAUAACUUAGAGAAACAUUUAAGAAUUCACCCUGAAGAGACGCCGUACAAAUGCCCUCAUUGUAAAAAGGGAUUUACAUACAGGGAUAACUUUGAGAAACAUUUAAGAAUUCACUCUGAAGAGAGGCCGUACAAAUGCCCUCAUUGUGAAAAGGGAUAUACAUACAAGGAUAACUUUGAGAGACAUUUAAGAAAUCACUCUGGAGAGAUGCGGUACAAAUGCCCUCAUUGUGAAAAGGGUUUUACACAUACAAAUAGCUAUAAGAGACAUUUGAUUACUCACACAGGAGAGAAACCAUACACCUGUCUUCAGUGUGGGAGGAGUUUUACACGGAAAGAGACACUUAAGAUUCAUGAACAAAUUCACACUGGAGUGAAGCCUUACACCUGUCCUCAAUGUGGAAAGUGUUUUACAGAUAAAGGUAAUCUUAAGAGUCACAUAACAGUACACACUGGAGUGAAGCCUUACACCUGUUCUCAGUGUGGAAAGGGUUUUUUACGAAAAUUAAAAUUGGAAAAUCAUUUGAGAAUUCAUACAGGAGAGAAACCUUUCACAUGUACUUUGUGUGAAAAGAGUUUUAAAACGGAAUCAUAUCUCAAAGUCCACAUGCAGAGUCAUUGUGAAGAAAAAUCUUUUAACUGUGAUGACUGUGGGAAAACAUUUGGCUCAGCAUAUCUCCUAAAACGACACCAGAAAUAUCAUGUCAGUGAAAAGCUCUACAUGUGUUCUUUUUGUGGAAAGAGUUUUGCACUGUUGGAAUAUUUGAGAAAACACCAGAAGAUACAUACUGAUGUGAAAACUCAUGUGUGCUCUGAGUGUGUAAAAAGUUUUUUGACAAUCAGAGCCUUGAAAAGGCACCAAAGAGUCCAUACUGGAGAAAAACCAUAAACAUGAGUGUUAAAAGAGAUUCACAGACUUGCAUUACUUUAAGACACUCAAGAGAGUUCAUACUGAAGAGGAACCGUAUCACUGCCCUCAAUGUGGAAAGAGUUUCACCUCAUCGAUGGGUCUAAUGAAUCAUACAAAAUCAUGUUGCUGAAAUAGUCACCAAACUUAUCCUCGGGUUCAUAAUUUUUAAGUACAAGUACUUCAGGCUGCAUUUUACAACCAUUUCAAAAUUGCCUCAAACUAAUUCAUUCUUACUUUGCUCUUCUCAAGGCAAAAAAUGAAAUUGUGGGAUCAAUGUCGAGAGUAAAGUUUUAUUUAACAAUAUGCCAUUCUUACAGGUUAUUAACUCUUAAAACCAAAUAUAUCCAUUUAAAACAUAUCCUCUGUAGUGUGUAAAUAACUUGAAUGAAAUGAUGGGGUUCGGUGGGUGGGUAGGGAAUGUGUUUAAAUAUUUCAGUGAUGCUGUUUUUUGGAGUUUGUCAUUGAGCAGGAGUCUGUCAGGGUUGAUAACUUACCCAUCCCGGACAUACCGGUGCCUUGGUCAAAGAUUUUUUUGUUGUCUUUUACAAGUUCUGGGAAAUCCAAAUUGAGCUGGUUGAAAAAAUAAGACAUGUACUCUAAAACAUACUGUUGGGUUGUUUCAACCCAUGUUUGGGUAAAAUAUGGACAAAAACAAAUUUGGGGUUUAAAUUAACCUGUACUGGGUUGUUUAAACCCAAAAUGUGACAUUGUUACAAACUACGGUUUGGUAAAAUAUGCAGAAACCCAACUGUUGGGUUUAAUUAACCUUUGCUGGGUUGUUUCAACCCAAAAUGCAUAGUUGUUUCAUCCCAUGGUUGAUGAAACAAAACUAACUUUAAAUACAAAAGUAACCUAUUCUGGGUUGCUACAACUUAAUACAGUAUGGACAAAAACAAAUUUGGGGUUUAAAUUAACCUGUACUGGGUGGUUUCAACCCAAAAUGCGUCAUUGUUUCAAAUCAUGGUGUGGUAAAAUAUGGACAAACAAAACUGUUGGGUUUAAAUUAACCAAUGAUGGGUUGUUUCAAACUGAUAUGUAACAUUGUUUCAACCCAUGGUUGGUAGAAUAUUAAAAAAAUGUGGCGUGUUUAACCCAUAUUUGAGUAAAUAUUGACAAAUCUAAUAGGGGUGCACUGAUAAAUGCCGUUAUACAUUGAAAAUACGUUGGCGAUAACUAUUCUGAAUCGCACAACCGAUAUUAUGCACAGCUAUUUCAUGCAAUACGGCUUUUGAUCAGUAAGUCCUUAUCGAUCUAAAAUCACUGUUAGUUUGAACUGUUUAUAACAUGCAUUUGAAAAAGCAACACUCGUCAAACAUAAUCAUAAUAUGAAAAUGCCUGAAAAGGUUUGAAGAACAACUAUAUAAAUAUAUUCUUAAGCCAUUUCCUGGAGCUGCGUGUGUCUGCAGCGUAUAUUGAGUUUCUGCUCUAGAGCGCCACUGGGCUUUUGGAAGUAGCGGCAUUUCGCUGUAAUUCAUUGUGAAGCAUAGCAAGCAUCAUCGGCCGAUAUAUCGGUGCACUCCAAACUUUUGGGUUUAAAUUACAUUAUUUUGACCAUAGUAAUGAGUGUCAUAUGGGUUUAUCUGUGUUUACCACGGGCAUGUUACAAACUAGAAUCAGGGGUUUCCUCAGUGUUUCUUUCCUUAAUGAAUUAUGUGGUAAAGUUUUAUUCAAAUUGUCUUUUUAUGUAAAAUUAGCUGAUUUUUACUUAAUAAAUUUGUCAAUGAUCUCACAAAUGUAUAGGCUAUGUCAUAUAUUAAGAGUCUGAUUAAAUGAAACCAAUGUCUGUUACUUUUUACUAAAAUAUUACUUGAGCUUCUGUCCUGGCUUAAACUUCUCUUAUGUUUCUGCUGUCUCUUCUCAUGCCAACACGCAGUUUAUUAUAAAUGAGUUAAUAAAAUGUUUCAAAUCAAUAUUUCCUGUCAAAUUAA